AUGAGUAUAAUAGAAACUAAAAACAAAAAGGUACUUAACAAAAAGAAGCAAUAUGUUGAAAAUCUUUUUGAUCUCUAUUUUUAUUCUUCAAUAUCUCCAGAAUAUUCAAAAACAAGAAAAAGGAAUGUUUCUUCAAGGGAUUAUAAUAAUGAAAAAAUAAAUAUGAACGAUCAUUUUAGAAAUCGAUUAGAAGGUAUUAUGCAAGGAAAAAAAAAGGAAAAAUUAAAUGAAAACAAUAAAACAUAUGAGUUAUUAAAAGCACGUACAAAUAAUAGUUCUUAUGAUAAUGAACCCAAAACUAAUUUUAAUAAAAUAUCUUCUGAAGGUAAUAUAAAAAUAUGUAAAAGUUUUAAUAAGAACAAUUCAAUUCAAGAAAAAUAUAGAAAAAAUGAGGUUAUUUAUUCGGAUAAUAUUUUAUGUAAAGUAGACAUUAAGUAUAACAAAAUUAAAGGGAAAACACAUUUCAAUCAAAAUUAUAAGAAAAGUAUUUUCGAAGAUCUAAAUGAAUAUUCCAAAAAACUCAAAAUUAAGUCUUUUAAUAAAAAAACAAAUUCUAAAAUUUUUGAGAAAUACAAUGAUAAAGAUUUCAAACUAGAGGAAAAUGAUAAUAAUACAAAAAAUACCUCUAGGAAACGAAUCCUAAAUUCUACGGGAAAAAUACUCAAUAUUUAUCAUUCUGAUAAUUCUCCAUUGAAAGAGGAAAAUGUGUAUGUAAUAAAAAAAGAUUACAUUUUGAAUGAAAAUAAUAUGAAACAAACAUCUAGAAUUUAUUUAAAAGAAAGAAAAGGCAGUUUAAGUUAUUCAAAUAAUAUAAAAAUUAAGUCAGACAAUCUUAAUAAUAAAAAUAAAGAUAAUAAAUAUAUUUUGUCACAUUUUAAAUUUUCUCCAAAUAAAAAAAAAGAGAGUUUAAUUUAUUUGUAUAAAAAAUUAAGAAAUGAUAUAAAUUAUGAGAAUGAUAUCUAUAAAAAUAAGAAAGAGAAUUUUGUUACAAAUAAAACGAAAGAAAUUAAAAAUAAAAAAUUCUUAUAUUUAAAAAAAGAACCUGAUGUUGAUCAAAAUAGGCAUUUAAUGACUCUCAAAUCAAAUUGUGAUAAUAUGAAAGUAAAUGAAAAAAAGAAGGAAAAAGUUGACAAUAUGAAAGAUUUAAAAUAUAGUGUGAGCACGAGCAAAGAAAAUACAGUAAGCAAUAGACAAAAAAGCAACAACAAAUUAAUUAGAAAUAAGUAUGAACAAAUUAUAUAUUUUUCAGAUUAUAAUAAAGAUACUUUAAAAUGUAAAAUCAGGGAAGAUUUAAAAAAAUAUAUUUCCAAAUUCAGCAGUAAGGGACAAUUUAAUAAAUCCAUACCAAAUGUUAUUGGUGUACGAACUUUUUCAGGUAUUAAUAAAAAGUUAUGUAAAACGAAUGAGAAAAAAAAAGAAUAUGUUAAUGGAAAGGAAUGUGAGAAAAUAGAAAUUAAAAAAUUAGAUUUAAAAAAAAAAAAUGAAAGUAUUUUAAGGUAUAAUACUAAUGAAAGUUUAAAAUAUACCCUUUUUAGUGAGAAUGAAAAAGUUGGUAUAGACACUGAUAUUACAAAUAAAAUUAGUGAUAAGAUGAAUAAAAAUAAGGAAAAAGUAAAUGAAUUCCUUGAGAAAAGUUUAAGAAAUGGUAUAUAUGAGCGAAAGAAACAAGAACAUGAUGAAUUAUUAAAAAAUAAUAACAUAUAUGAAAAUAUACAUGAAAUAAAGACAUUUUAUAAAAGUUCAGAUAAAAUUCUUCAAAUAAAAUGUUUUAAUAAACUAUCAUCACAUAAUAAAAUAAAUUGUGAAACAAAAAAAUCAGAUAUUAAUAUGUUAAAAGUAAAAUCAGAAAUUAGUAACUCAGAAAAAGGUAGAUCUCAUUCAUACAUAGAAAAUUUAGGGAAAGAGCAAUUAAAGAACAUAUCAAAAUUAGAAAUAGAAAAAAAUAAAAAAGAAUCAAAGCCAUGUGAAUUAAAAAAAGAGAAUUUAGAAAAGAACUUUAAAUUAGAAAAAAAUAAAUCAAAAAUGAUAAAAUCAAAUUUGCUAGAGAAAAGCAUAUCUUUAGAAAAUUUUGAAAAAAAAAAAUCGAAGACAGAUAUGUCAAAAAAGUUAAAAAUAGAAAAAUUAGAAACAGACAUAUCAGAAAAUAAUAUACCAAAAAAUAAAUUUGAAAAAAAUAAAAUGGAGAUAGAAAAAUUAGAAGUUGAUAGAUCAAAGGUAUAUGAAUCAGACAAAAUGCUCGAAAAAAAUUUAUUCAAAAUGGAAAAAUUGGUACUGCUUAAAUUACAAAAAAAUAAAUCAAAAUGUAAGUCUAAAAAAAAAAAGACAAAAAAAUCAAAAAAAGAUGAAUCAGAAAAGAAUAAAUCAGAUAAAAAUUUCGGAAGAAAUAAGUCAAAUAUAGAAAAGAUGAAAAGUAAUUCAGAAAGAAAAUGUUUUGAAAAAAACAAAAAAAUAAUAGAACUAGAAAGGAGAAUAUCGAAACUAUGGAAUUCAGAGAUAAGAAAAUAUGAAAUGGAAGCAUCUGAAACAGAUGAAUCAAGGGAACAUAAAUCAGAAUAUAAUAUAUUAGAAGAGAAAUUAAAAAAGAAGAAAUUGAUAAUAGAAAAAUUAGAAAAAUUAAAAAAAAGUUUAUCAGAAUUAGAAAAAUUAAAAAUAAGAUUAUUUGAAGAAGAAACUUCGAGAACAGAAAAAUCAAAAGAAAAAAAAUUAGCAAAAAAUAAAUCUAUAAUAGAUAAAUUAGAAAUGAAAAGAUAUAAAAGAGAAACGUCUGAAAUAAAUGGAUCGGGGAAAGAUGAAUCAGGAGAUGAUAAAUCAAAAGAAAAAUUAGAAAUUAAAAGAUAUGAAACAGAAACAUAUGAAGUAGAAAAAUCAGAAGCAAGUAAAUCAGGAAAUAAUCAGCCAGAAAGAGAAUUAGAAAGAGGGAAAUCAAUGAUAGAAAAGUUAGAGAAUAAUAUAUUAAUAUUAGAAAAAUCAAAAAGAAAUAAAUUGUUAAAAAAAUCAAAUGGAAAAAAAUUAGAAAAAAAUAGACUGAAAAUUAAUGAAUAUUUAGCAGAAACAUCUGAAAAAGAAAAAGUAAGGAAAAAUAAAUCAGAUGAAGAAAAAGUGGAAAAUAAUAAAUUAAAGCUAGAAAAAUUUAAAAAAAAUAAACUAAAAUUGGAAACAUUAAAAAAGAGUAAAAUAAAAUUAGGAAAGGUAGAAGAGGGGGAAUCAGAAUUCGGAAAAUUAAAAAUGGAAAAGUACCAAAUAGAAGCAUCCAAAAUGAAUAAACUAAGCGAAAGGAAAUUUAAAAAAAAAUUAGAAAAUAUCAAAUUAAAAUUAGAAAAAUUAAAAAUACAUGGACAUGAAACGGAAAUGAUCAAAAAACAAAAUUCAAAAAGAAAUAAUUCAGAAAAAAGCAAAUCAAAAGAAAAAUUAGAAAUAAAGAAAUAUAUUUCAGAAACAUUUGAAAGUGAAAAAUCUAUAACGAAAACAUCUACAACAAAAGAGUUAGAAAUAUAUGAAUUAAAUAAGAAUGAAUUAAAAAUAGAAAAGAAAAAAUUAAAAUUAAAAAAAUUAAAAAACUGCAAAAUAAGAUUAGAAAGCUCAAAAAUAAAGAAACAUAUGGGAGAAUUAUUUGAAAUAAAUGAAUCAGAGAAAAAAAUAUUAACAGAUGAAAAAACUAAAAAAAACAAAUCAUUAAUGGAUAAAUUAGAGAAGAACAGAUCAAAAAUAAAAAAAUUGGAAUAUAACAGAAUAAAAGAAAAAAACUUAGAAAAAACCAAACCGAAGUUCUCAAAGUUAAAAGUGAAGAAAUAUAUUAUAGAUGUAUAUGAAACGGAUAAAUCGGAGAAUAUACUUUCAGAAAAAAAAACUGAAGAAAAAAAACUGAUAAUAAAUAAAAUAAAACCAAAAAAAUUAGAAAUGAAAAAAUUUGGAUCAUAUGUGUAUGAAACAGAUAUAACAGAAGAAACAGUAAAGACUAAGAAAAAAAAAAUAGAGAAACGAAAGACAAAAAAAUUAGAAAAACUUAGAUUUGAAACAGAAAAAUCAGAUAUAUAUAAAUCAAAAAAAAAAAAACCAGAAGUAGAUAAACCAAAAAUAAAAAAAUCAGAGUUAUGCAAAUCUAUAAUUACAUCAGAAGAAAAUCUAGAAAGAGAUAUAUCAGAAAAAAAAUUGUCUAUACAAUAUAAAUCAAUGAAGAAUGAAUUACAAUUAGAAAAAUUAAGUAAUGAUAAAGUAAAAGAAGAGAAGUCAGAGGAUAGCUUAUUAGAAGAAAAAAUGUAUAUAGAAAAAUAUGAAAGAGAAAUGUCCGAUGAGGAAAAUUCAUAUACGAAUAAAUUGAGAUUUGAAAAAUUCAAAAUAAAAAAAAAUAGAAAAAAUAAAUUAAAGAAAAAAAAGUCGCAGAAUAAUAUAUCGAAAAAAAAUAAAGUAUACAUGAAUAAAAUUUCUGAAACACAGAAACUUGAAGAAAAAUUAAAAAGGAAAAAUAUUAAAAAAGAAAGAAAGAAAUCAGAGGGUAAUUCAAUAGAAGAAAUAAAAGAAAAUGAAAAUUCAACGAAAAAAAAUAUAAAAGAUGAACAAAUUUAUAUUUUAGAAGAUAAUUUUAAUAAUAUUAGUACGUAUGAACACAAUAGUUCCAAUUUAAAUCAUAUUGAAAAACUUUCAGAAAAAAGUAGUAGAGGAAAUAAGAAUAGUAAUAACUUAAAAACAAUUCAUCAUGAUGAAAAGAAUAUAAAUGAUAUUAUAAAAUUUAAUAAGUUUCAUAUUGAAGAUUGCAAUGAUAACAAAAAGGAAAUAAAAGAAAGAAUUAUAAAAAUUUUUAAAUCUUCUAUGGAAGAUUUUUAUUUUAAUAAUAAUAAAUAUUCUCCAGAAACGAUAACCUUGAAUAACUUGUAUAAGGAAAAGGAAAACAAUUUUCAUAAAAACCAAAUAAAUAACGAAAAUAAUGAUAAUUUUUAUGGCAUGUAUGCAUUUAAAAAAAAUGUUUAUAAAUAUCUAAAUAAAUAUAUGAAAAAUGACGUCUUUGAAGAGGAUAUGAGUAAUGAAGAUAUAGGUAUCAAAAAAAUUUUUAGAAAGAACAACGAUAAUAAGAAAAAAACAUCUAAAAGUAGUAAAAAUAGAAGUUCGAUUUCUUUUAGCAAUGGUAAUUAUAAAAAUAUAAAAAAAAAUAACAUCGAAAUGGAUCAAUUAGACGAGGGAGAUACUAAUGAAAAAAUAUGUAUAGAUGUAAGUAGAUAUAGGAAUGAAUAUGAUUAUAAAGAUGAAGAUAACUAUAAAAAUGAGAAUCUCAAAUCAUCUAUAUUAUCUAAGAUUAACAAUGGAAACAAUGAAAAUUACUCAGGUUAUUAUAAUGGAAUUAAUGAUUAUGAUUCAAAUAAAGAGUAUUACUACAAUAAGAAUGAAGAAAUCUACGAAAAAAAAUAUAAAGAAGACAAUUUCACUGAUAUAAAACAUUUCAAAAAACAGGAUAUAUCUUACAGUGAUAAAAUUUAUUUAGAUAAAUGUGAGAAUUUAACAAAAAGUGAUGAAAAAAUACAUUUGGAUGCGUUAUAUAAAUCUAAAACUAAUGAAUUUAAAUUCCCUAAAAAUUUAUCUUUAUUUAUAAAGAAAAAAAUUGAUAUAGAAUUAAAAAAAAAUAUAUAUAAAAAAAUUUAUAAAAUAAUAGAUGAGAAAAACUAUGAUAAUAAAGAAGAAAUAAAAAAAGUUUUAAAUUUGUUUUCUAAAUAUAGUAAGUUAAAUAAAUCCAUUAACAAUUUUGUAACUAUAGAUGACACAAAAAAAGUUAAAAAAACAAUACAAAAAAGAGAAAAAAAAAGAAAUAAAAAAAAAGAAAAGAAAAAAAAUGGACAAAAAGAAGAUUCAAAUAUUGAUAUUAAUAAUGUAAAAAAAAGAAAGUUGAAAAUAAUUAAUAUUGAUAACGCCACCAAUAAUUUACCUCUAACUAUGCUAAUAAUAAGAAAUUUUGAAGAGAAAAAAAAUUUUGAUAAAAAUAUUAAUAUAAGAUAUAAGGUGGAAUUAGCUGGUAUAAAAAAAGUAUUUAAAAUAAAAAAAGUAAUUGAAAAAGAAAAAGAACUUUUUUCAAGAGUAGAAGGUAUAUAUAAUUUUUCUAAUUUAAAUAGAAAUGAAAGUAAUGAAAAUUACAAUAACCUUAUAAAUAAAUAUAUUCCUUUUCCUAACAUUAAGAGUUGUUCACCUGAAUUUCAACAUAAAUUUACAAUUUUUAAAUCUAUGAGAAGAAAAAAAACUAAUUUUUUUAAUAUGAAUAAAAUUUUAAAAACUAAUGGAAAAAAAAAAUAUAGCGUCAAAUUUGAAAAUAAGGAAGAAACUACAAAGAUAGGUAAUGAUAGCUAUCAUUAUGGAAAAAAAUCGAAGUUAACUAAGUAUACAUAUGCAUCAUUUAAGGAAAAAGAAAGCAAAAAUUUUUUAAUAAAAAGAGUGGUAAAAAAGAAAGAAAAUGAAGCUUUAAAUAAAAAUGAAAUAUUGAAAUCUGGUAAUAAGAAAAGUUUAUUCUUAAAAAGCUUUUCAAGUCAUAAUGAAAAUAAAAUUACAAAAUAUAGUAUAUUAUCUUCAAAAAAAAAGUAUGCAUUUAAAACUUUUAUUUUGAAUAAUAUUGAUACUUCUUUUAACAGAAACAAAUAUAUAAUAAAUUUCAAUAAAUAUACUGCAAGAAUAAAAGAAUGUAUUGCAACAGAUAAAAAGAAGGAUCCUGGCAAAAUGAAUCAACUAGAUAGUAAAAGUUUAAGUUAUGUAAAUGAUUUUUUGAAAGUAAAGGAUGAUACAAAAAAUGAAAAUUUUAUUUUAAAAAGUUAUAAAUCAGACAAAGAAAAAAUUAAUAUAUAUGAAAGUAAAGAUUUGAAUCUUUAUAAAACUAAUAUACAAAAAUAUAAUAAUUUAAAAAUAGUAUUAAAAGACUUUAAAAAGAUGAGCAUUAAACAAAAAAAGGAAAAUGAUAAUAUAAUCCACAAUAAAAGCAAUAUUCAAGGUCUAUUUUUGAAUGAAAAUGUAAAUAAAAAUGAACAUGAUAAUUUUAAUAAUAAAAAUUAUAAUGAAGAUAUAAAAAUUAAGGAAAAUAAAAUAAUUUAUCAUGAUAAAAGUAUAUUUGAGCAUAAUAAUAAUUGUAUGAACAAUUAUGAGCAUAAUAACGGUUAUAAAAGUUAUGAAAAAGAGAGUAUCUGUAAGUAUGAUAAAAACGAAAAUACAUAUAAAAUUAUUGAUAAAAAGCUUAAUUAUGUAAAAAAUGGAGAUGAAAGUAAUUAUAAAAAUUUUGAUAAAAAAGGUAGUUAUAAAAAGUAUAAGGAUGGAAAUUCUCAUAUAAAAAGCGAUAAAAAUAGUGGAUAUGACAAAUAUGAAGAUAUUUAUAAAAAUAUUAAUGAAAAUAGUAGUUACGACAAAUAUGAAAAUAUUUAUAUGAGUAUUGCUAGUAAAAGUAAUAAUGAAAAUGAAAACACUAAUAGCAUUAUAUAUAAUAAAAAUAGUCAUAAAAUUGAUGGGCACAAUUUUGAUAAUGCUGCUAGUACUGAAAAAGAGGUUGAUAGAUAUAUUUCUAGAAAACAUAUUAUAGACAAUGAAAAAGACAAAUAUAAUAAUAAAAUAAAGACGCAUGUAAAGGUACUUUAUGAAAAGGAAAAUAAAAAAAAAGUUGGUGAUGAACUUUUGAAUGAAAAAAGAAAAAUAGAUAAAAAUAUAAAUUUACAAUUUAGUGAUAAUAAAGUAAGUGUAAAAAAAAAAAAUGGUUGUGAAAAUGAUUAUGUAUAUGAAAAAUUUUUAUCUUCUGAGACAAAAGGAUAUUUAGGAAGUUCAAAAGAGUCAAUAAAAAAUAUUAAAACAGAGAACAAGUAUAAUAUUAAUGAUAUCGAAAAAUAUUCAGAUAAGUUAUAUAAAAAAAAUGCAGUUUCCAAAGUGAAAAAAUUUAGAAAUAUAGUGAAGAAAGAAAAAAGAAAAGACAAAGAUUUUGUUAAAAAUAGAAACAAAAUCAUAAAAUUAAAUUUUGAUUCUAAAAUAAAAAGUAACGAUUUGAUGAAGGAAGAGAAAAAAAAAAGAGAUAUGAAUGAACAUAGUUUAAAAUUAAAUGUACGAAGAUACAAAGAAAAUGCAGCAAGCAACUUUUCAAAAAUAAUUAAAGAGAAUGAUCUCACAAAAUUAAAUAAAACAAAUAAUUUUUCAAAAAUAGUUAACAAGAAUAAUUCUCCAAAUAUUAUUAAAAAAAGUAACUUUUUAAAAUUAAAUAAGACAAAUAUUCCUAUGCAAAUUUUAAAUAAAAACGAAAAAAUUAAAACUGUAGAAAAUAUUGCGAGAAAUGUAUCAAUUUACGUUAAGAAAGGUGACACUUUAAAAAAAAAUACAUCAAAAAAAGUAAAAAAAGUAGUUAAACUUAUACCAAGCAAGAAAGUAUCACAUAAUUUAAAUUAUUCAGUUUCAUUUGAAACAGAAAUAAAAAUAGAUGAAAAUUUCCUAAAAAAUAAUAAAAAGGAAGGAAAAAAUUCAAAUUAUAUUGAUUUAAAUAGAAUCAAGUUUUCUAAAAGUUCUCUUGAAUUUUUUAUUGAAAAAAAUUUACUUGAAAAAUCUUAUUCUGAAAUAAAAUUUGACAAUACAAAAAAAGAAGACUUUCAAAAAAUUUCAAACACGGAUAAUCCAUUUUUAAUAGAAAAAAAAAAAAAAGGAAAAAAAAAAAAAUUAUUUAAAAAAAUUAUAAAUUCCAGAAAAACGUCAAAAAAAGACCAAUCUUCUAAUUUAAAUUAUGAUGAGAGUAAAAAGCAACAAUAUUUCUCAUCAAAUGUAUUUGUUGAAAAAAAAAGCAGUGCUACACAUCAACAAAAAAAAAGAAACAAUUUAAAAUGUUCUGUUAUUAAUGAUAAAAAAAGAUUAAGCAUUUUUGAUUUAAGUGAUAACAUAAGUCAUUUAGGUGCUUCUUUUAUACAUGAAAAGAAAAAAAUUAAUAAAAGUUCAUAUGAUAAAAAAUUUAAUAGCUUUACUGAAAGUUUAAGAAAAAUUUUUCGUGUUAAACGUAAAGUUAAAUUGAGCAAAAAUAUAACAAUUAAUUUUUCAAAUUAUUUAGAAAAUUUGGAAAUCAUGGAAAGUAAAAAAGAAGAAAGUGAAAUAUCUAGUAAAAAGCAGGAACAAAUAUUACUUAAAGAAAAAAGUAAUAAAUCAGAAAAUGUCUUAGUAGUUAAAAUUAAUAUAAUAACAAUAUUUCUACCUGACUUAUAUAUCAAAAAAGUGAAUAUGAAAAGUAAUUAUUAUUUGACAGUAACUAUUUAUUUUUCUAAUGAUAUCAAAACAAUUAAAAAUAACUGUGUUGUUGAAACUUUUCAAACCUAUUUUACAUCAUACACUAAUGGUAUUGCCUUAAGUUCUGAUGCUUUUAAAAAAAUAAUUUGUGGAAGUGAAUCAAAAAAUAUAUUUAAAAUAGUUAUAUCUUGUUGUAGAGAAAAGGCUAUUUUAAAAAAAGAAUUAAUAAAAAUUUAUAGCAGAACUUUUAAAACACCCUUAGAUUUAAGAACUUAUAAUUUAAGUAGAGAAAAAAAAUACUCUUACGAAACAAGUAGUGCAAAUGAUGAACUUUAUGAAAAGGAUGGUACUAUUAUAUUAGGGACGCUGUAA